UCGAUGUGACGUGGUGCUAGAGGCGUUGCCCGGGGCACCCGGUUCAGUGUAAGUCUGAGUUAGAAAACAGGAGGCGCACAGGAGGAUUUCAUUUGAAGUGUUCUUUAACGAUCCAGAUACUCCUAAACUUAGGUCUCCUCUCGUUUUUACUUGUUUGGCGCUGCGCUGUUUCCCCUGAGCCCACAGAGAUGAUCAGAAACGGUCACCACGCUACUAGCGAGCCUCGUGAAGAAGCCGACUGCACGAAACCGGGAUCCUCGGCGUGCAGCCCAGAGAAAAGGAAGCGGGUGGUCCGGUUGUGGUGUGAUGGCUGUUAUGACAUGGUGCACUACGGUCACUCAAACCAGCUGCGGCAGGCCAAAGCCAUGGGAGAUUACCUCAUAGUGGGCGUCCACACAGAUGCUGAGAUCUCCAAGCACAAGGGCCCUCCAGUCUUCACUCAGGAAGAGCGCUACAAGAUGGUGCGUGCAAUCAAGUGGGUGGAUGAGAUAGUGGAAGGAGCACCAUACGUCACCACCCUGGAGACGUUGGACAAAUAUAACUGUGACUUCUGCGUUCAUGGAGAUGACAUCACGCUGACGGUAGACGGCAAGGACACAUAUGAAGAGGUCAAGCGAGCAGGCCGUUACCGGGAAUGUAAGCGCACUCAGGGCGUCUCCACCACUGACCUGGUGGGUCGUAUGCUUCUCAUGACCAAAGCCCACCACAGCAACAUAGAUAACCCAGAUUACCAGCAGCAUACGGACAACUUUGGAAAGGGUCCUAAAGGCCACAGUCCCUGGACAGGAGUUUCUCAGUUCCUGCAGACAUCCCAGAAAAUCAUCCAGUUUGCCUCAGGAAAGGAGCCUCAGCCUGGAGACACCAUCAUCUAUGUGGCUGGAGCGUUUGACCUCUUCCACAUCGGCCAUGUUGACUUCUUAGAGAUGGUAUAUAAACAGGCGGAGCGGCCGUAUGUCAUCGUAGGUCUACACUUCGACCAGGAAGUGAAUCGCUACAAGGGGAAGAACUAUCCGAUCAUGAACAUCCACGAGAGGACCCUGAGCGUCCUCGCCUGCCGGUAUGUGUCAGAGGUGGUGAUUGGUGCUCCCUAUGCAGUAGGCAAAGACCUGCUGGAUCAUUUUAAGGUGGACCUAGUGUGUCAUGGGAAGACUGAGGUACUUCCAGACAAGGAUGGGGUGGAUCCCUACGCUGAACCAAAGAAGAGGGGGAUAUUCAGGGCUAUUGAUAGUGGGAACAAUCUCACUACUGAUGACAUCGUCCAAAGGAUCAUUGAAAACAGGCUGCAGUUUGAAGCCAGGAACCAGAAGAAAGAGGCCAAGGAGAUGGCAGUGAUUGAAGCAAUGAAGAAGAGAGAGCAUAAGCAGCAGGGCGAAGCUCCAGCUCAGACUGCUCACUAAUAAAACGGCAAGCACGGCCCCAGAGUCUGUUUUACUCGUCCACGGACUCUCAGGUUUAAGAGCAUGGACCCGGACAGAGUCCAUACAGUCCUCAGCCUGGGCCUGGCUAUUCGGUUUCUCUGCUAGUCCACUGAGUGCAAAAUCCUGCUUUGAAUAUUUUGGUGAAUCAGCGUGCUUAUCAGUAUGGACUGCUCCAGCCUAAAGGGUUUAGGAUAGAUCCAAAAAGUCCAAAAACCCACUAAGACCUUAAUCUGCAGCAUCCCUUUACUCUUCCUCCACAGAAAACGUUUAUUUUCUGUUGUGCACUGUUUUUGUCCAUGAAGUCACACACUACAUGUCCCCGUAUAGGUGUAGAAAUGGUAUGUUAAUUUUGUAAGUAUCCUUAACUUAUUGACACAGUGUUGAUGUCAUUGUCGGUUAUGUUUUUAGAUUUUUAACCAGCUUAGUUUUAACGAUCAUUCUUAAAAUUAUCAUCAGCACGGUUGAAUGUACUUUGUUUUUAAGUAAUUUUCAUCCA